GAUCCUUUCCGAGAACUUAACAGGAUCGCAAAGCCCUGCGAGCGGCUUUGCCCGGUGAGCCGGGCUUACGCUCGCGGGCCUCGACUGUAAGCUGUGCGCGCCGCGCAGUGGGGCGGCCGCGGGGGGCCCCACUCCCCGCGGCUCCGCCGGGCGAGGCGGCCGGAGCCGAGCUUUCCCGGCGCCCCGGGAGGGGAAGGAGCGGGGCACCGGCCGCAGCCACCUCCACGAAGGACGGCGCUGGCUGCCCGUACGGCUGAAGGAUGAAGUCCCCAAAGCGCAGGCAGUCGGACAUAUAAGAAGGAACUUCUUAUUUCGGAUACUGCAAAAACAGACCAAAAAAAGCCGUAGAACCCUAUCACUUAGAUGUUGAUAUGUAAAGCAAAAUGGCAAAAAUCAACACGCAGCACUCCUACACUGGUAUGCACAGGCUGUCUGUCAGAAAUACUGAUGAAGACAUUGAAAGGAUUGAAAAUGGCUUUAUCAGAACCCAUUCACUUUGUGAGGAUACAUCUUCUGAAUUGCAGAGGGUCAUUUCUGUGGAGGGAAGAGGCCUACCUGAAUCCCAGACAAGCUCAUUCGCAGGUAGAGGAGCAAUAGCAAGGCUCUCACAGUUUGUUGUAUCUCUGAGAUCAUGGGCUACAAGACAUUUACAUCAUGAAGACCAAAGGCCUGAUUCUUUCCUGGAGCGUAUCCGAGGGCCAGAGCUUGUAGAGGUGUCCAGUAGGCAAAAUAAAAUCCAUGCCAGUUUGGGCAUCGAUGAGCAACCUGGGAGACUGAACAGCAAAAAGGAAGAAAAGAAAGAGGUUAAAGAGGAAAAGAAAGAGGAAAAGAAGGAGGAAAAGAAAGAGGAAAAGAAAGAUGACAAAAAAGAUGAUAAAAAAAAAGAAGAGAAGAAAAAAGAGAUCUUUGUGAUAGAUCCUUCAAGCAAUAUGUACUACAACUGGCUGACUGUAAUUGCAGCACCUGUGUUCUAUAACUGGUGUAUGCUAGUAUGCAGAGCCUGCUUUGAUGAGCUACAAAUAGACCAUAUUAGGUUAUGGCUGGUUUUGGACUACUGCUCUGAUAUCAUCUAUGCUUUUGACAUGUUUGUCAGAUUCAGGACAGGCUUCCUUGAGCAAGGCUUGCUAGUUAAGGAUGAAAAGAAAUUACGAGAUCAUUACACAAAAACUAUGCAGUUCAAACUGGAUGUGCUCUCUCUUCUGCCAACGGACCUGGCAUAUUUGAAGCUCGGUUUGAACUACCCUGAACUGCGGUUUAACCGCUUGCUGAGGAUUUCUCGUCUGUUUGAGUUUUUUGACCGUACAGAAACCAGGACAAAUUAUCCAAACAUGUUUCGCAUUGGAAAUCUUGUCUUAUACAUUCUUAUCAUCAUCCACUGGAAUGCAUGUAUAUAUUUUGCAAUUUCAAAGCUCAUUGGAUUUGGAACUGACUCUUGGGUCUACCCCAAUGUGUCCAUUCCAGAGUAUGGGCGCCUGUCUAGAAAAUACAUUUACAGUCUGUACUGGUCAACACUCACGCUGACAACCAUCGGGGAAACCCCACCUCCAGUGAAAGAUGAAGAGUAUCUCUUUGUGGUCAUUGACUUCCUGGUGGGUGUGCUCAUCUUUGCUACCAUUGUUGGUAAUGUGGGCUCCAUGAUUUCCAACAUGAACGCCUCCAGGGCAGAGUUCCAGGCCAAAAUCGAUUCUAUUAAACAGUACAUGCAUUUCCGAAAAGUGACAAAGGAUUUAGAAGCCAGGGUUAUUAAAUGGUUUGAUUACCUCUGGACUAACAAGAAAACAGUGGAUGAGAAGGAAGUUCUUAAAAAUCUGCCUGACAAGUUGAAGGCUGAAAUUGCCAUCAAUGUCCAUUUGGACACGCUGAAGAAAGUGCGUAUCUUCCAGGAUUGUGAAGCUGGACUUCUCAUUGAACUGGUGCUGAAACUGAAACCUACAGUAUUCAGUCCUGGAGACUAUAUUUGCAAAAAGGGAGAUAUCGGGAGAGAAAUGUAUAUUAUCAAAGAGGGAAAAUUGGCUGUGGUGGCAGAUGAUGGCGUAACACAGUUUGUUGUCCUAAGUGAUGGCAGCUACUUUGGUGAAAUCAGCAUCCUAAACAUCAAAGGUAGCAAAUCUGGCAAUAGGCGGACAGCCAACAUAAGGAGCAUUGGCUAUUCUGAUUUGUUCUGCUUGUCUAAAGACGAUUUAAUGGAGGCCCUCACUGAAUACCCAGACGCCAAAAAGGCUCUGGAAGAGAAAGGGCGACAAAUUCUGAUGAAAGACAAUUUAAUAGAUGAGGAAGCAGCAAAAGCAGGAGCUGACCCAAAAGACUUGGAAGAAAAAGUUGAAAGACUUGAAACAGCUCUGGAUAUGCUACAGACCAGGUUUGCUAGGCUCCUGGCAGAAUACACCUCAUCUCAACAAAAAGUGAAGCAGAGACUUGCCAAAGUAGAAAACAGAGUGAAAAAAUAUGGUAGUGGCACCAUAUCAGAGGCAGAAGCUGCAAAACCUGAGGAGGAGAAAAAGAACUAAUGGAGUAUUUAUAUUUUCUCAUUUAUUAGAGAAGGUGGAAGCAUGCAAAAGCCAUAAAUAUGUAUAAAUAUGUGUGUGCAUACAUAGAUGAUUAUUUUUAUAUGGACUCCAAGAUAAUGGUUUUUAGCAUUUUUAACUGAAGCAGUAUUUUCUUGUAAAUAGAUCAUUGUUACCUUCUUCUUAGGGGGAGAUCUUGGUCUGUCAUUUGGGUGUUUUUUUUUUUUUUUUUUUUUUACUGGAAGUGGGUUUCUUAAAAGUGAUACUCAAAAUAUGUGUUGUUACAGUAUGUGCAAGUCUCAAUACACUGUCUCUUCCCGUGUUAAGAAGGCAUUACAUUUAAAGUAGAAGGGAUUGGUUUUGGAUAAGGACUUCUAAAAUAUUUAUAGGGUACCUGCUCUACCUUGCUACCUUAUCAGCCUAUUAAAUACAUGGACUUACA